AUGUGCCGCUGGUUCGCCUACAUAUCUCCCAUCGAACCAUGUCUGCUCUCGGAUGUCCUGAUCACGCCCGCCAAUAGCAUCAGCAAGCAAUGCUCCGAGCACUACCUUCCGGGACUUCUCCCGCAUAAGAAAGAGAAGGAGCUAGAUCAUAGUUCUGAUGCCCUUCUUCGAAUGCGAAACUCUCUUCUUAACAUGGAUGGCCUGGGCGUCGCCUGGUACACUAUGGCAGCCACUUCGUAUAUUAAGCACAUCAACGGACCCCGUCCAGCCUUAUACAAGUCACAGUCUCCACCUAUCAAUGAUUUCAACUUUCGAGCGCUAUGUGAGAACACGGAAACCCAUUGCGUUUUCGCCCACAUCCGAGCGAGCAGUGGCAGUGUGGUCACGCAGGUGAAUUCUCAUCCUUUCGUCUUUGGCCGCCAUACUUUCAUGCAUAACGGCAUAAUCUCCUCCUUCUCCGACAUUCGGCGCGACAUGACAGACCUGAUGUCAAAUGACACAUUUUGCAACACCUUUGGAUCGACCGACUCCGAGCAUGCCGCAGCUCUCUACAUGACCAACCUUACGAACCAUGGCGGUAAGGAUUCUUGGCAAAAAACGUACCCAUUGGAGGACAUGCUAGGGGCUAUGGUUAAGACUGUGAAUCAGAUCAUGGAGCUCCAGAAGAUCAAGAUCGGAGACAAGCGGACGCCUAACUCGUUAAACUUUUGCACCACUGAUGGGACGCAAAUGCUUGCCAUCCGUUUCCGCAACCACGCUACCGAACAACCCCCUUCACUUUAUUGGUCCGAAUUUGCCGGUCGCACGCUCAAUAGAAAGUACCCUGGCCACCCAGAUUCGCCAGAUUUAAUCAACGAGCAAGCGAUCAUGGGGGAGGACGAGAGAAUUGGGAAACAUACAAUUAUUGCGAGCGAGCCAACAACGUACGACAAGCGCGAGUGGCACCUGAUUGGGAAGAAUUGCGCACUUACAGUUGAUAAUCAAGGCUUUGAGACCGAGGUUCCCAUUGUGUACGACGAUUCAUUGAAUGCAUCAGAUCCUGCUGUUGAUUAA